AUGGCGCCGGCACGGAGCCAGAUCAUCUACGCGCCUUCAGACGAGAUUCCCCGAGGCGUCAAGUCCGUCUUCCUCGCCGGGACCACGAGCAAAGUCGACAACACCAGCGACUGGCGCGAGGUCCUCUGCACCUCCCUCCGCGACACACCCAUCACGAUCUACAACCCGUAUCGAGCCGAUUGGGACGGUUCGUGGAUCGAGGAUAUCGACUUUGCGCCCUACCGCGAACAGGUGGAGUGGGAGCUCGAGAAACAGGACCAGGCGGACAUUAUCGUCUUCUUCUUCCACCCGGCCACCCAAGCGCCCGUCAGUUUGCUCGAGUUGGGGCUCUGUGUGCGUGCUCCCGGCAAGGCUAUUGUCGCCUGUCCAAGGGGAUACUGGAAGAGGGGAAAUGUGCAGAUUGUGUGCAACAGGUUCGGGGUCGAGAUGGUCGACACUGUCGAGGGGUUGAAACAGGCAAUCAUGAAGAAGUUACCCGUUGGCUCGUGA